UUCAGGUUUCCUCUCUCAAAACCAAGCACAGGCUAUAGCAAGCUAUAACACUUUUCCUGUAUCACUAGCUAUAUAUCUGGCAAUGGAAGAACUACAUGCAGCAGCUUAUGCAUACUAUGACCGUGGCAAUGAACAUACUCGUCGUGUAGCAUAUGAUUUCUUUCGAUCCAUGGAUACAGACGGUGAUGGCAGAAUCAGCUACGCCGAGUUCAACGACUUCGUUCAACAAAGUGGAUACUACUGGAUCCUCCAUAAUGACCCCAACUUGUUCGCUAAACUUGACCGCAAUCGCGACGGUGGCCUAGAUUUGCAGGAAGUACUUACGUUCUACUAUAUCAUCAAAACAAGGUACAUCACAUGCCAAGGCUGCCGAGCACACCUUUGUGGCUUGUAUUUUACGUGCGUUGAGUGCUUUGAUGGAGGAGCAGCUAAUUAUCAUCAUCAUCAUCAGUAUCCAACGUAUGACCUGUGUGCUGCUUGCUAUGGUAAUGCCAACUACAUUAACCAGCACUCAUACUUCUUGGAUAACCACGUUUUGCUACGCUCCAAAAGAGGCCCUCCUCAUGCUCCGCCAAAUCUUGCCAUGGCAGUCGCUGAACAGAAUCCUCUGGUGAAUAUUACUAAUAAUUACUACGUCAAUCAAGCUAGCGCUGCGCCUGAAAUUCAAAGGAAUAGAUGGUACCAAGCAUUUCAAACAUUAGAGACAGCUCUUUCUAUUUCAGCUUUGGCUUACAACUGCACAAUUAUGUGA